AUGGCAUCCAGAGAAUCGGUUGCUUUCCAAAGGGUUCAGCCUCACUGCGUGAACUUAUCGAGACAAUCGUUCUUGCCUAGAGAUGUCUUUAAUCCAAAUUCUGUUGUUUUGCUAGAGGGCUUGCGGUCUCUCGAGGAAGAACUGAAACAGCUAGAAAAUGAAGGAGUGAGUUUAUCUCCCAAGUUUGCAGACUACGUGUUUGUGCCAAUUGCGAGCUUGUUGCGGCAAGACUCUCUAGGCUCUUCACAGACGGAGGCACUUUUACAGGUAAUAGGCCAUCUCGUCUCGCUGUGUUGGUCAUCAGCGGGCUCAUUUAAUAAGGCGCUCGCUCAACAGCUCUUUGCACUAGUGACGUUCUUGAUUAGCAACGACAAGGACAAUACAUGCCUUUUGACCAAAACCCCUUCAUUUCAGCUGACAGGGUGCAUUGUUCUAAGAAAGCUCUUCAAAGCUUUUGCAAUUCAGAAAGCCAGCGGGAGUUUCGAUCACUUCGCAGAUCCUCAAAAUUUGCCGAGUUUAGGGCAUUCAGUGACUAUUUUAUUGGAUAUUCUUGGAGGAAAUGAUAAUGAGAUUGACCUUCAGCUCGCGGCUAUCGAGGCAUUACAUGUCCUCUAUCAAGAAACGCUGAACGACGGCGAAAUUAUCUCUUUUAUAGUUCCGGGGAAUGUGUCGGCUUUUUCCAAAUUACUUCUUAAACCGGGGUUGACUGUGAAUCCUCGCGUGGUAUGUUCUACCUUGCGCCUGUUCGCUGUCAUUAUUUGCAUAGUAUAUUCUGAUUUCGAUCUCCAUGUUGUUGAGCAUUCACCAAGCGAUCUUAACGAAUUGUUGGAAGAAGCAGAGAAGCCUUUCGAGACAAACAUUGCCAUUAAUGAAGUGGAUUUCAAAAAUAGGAAUCUUCAUCGGGACAUCAAAUGGCUCAGGGCUACGUCUGCUCAAAUAAAUAGAGCUCUAAAAGGGGUUCUACCGAAGCUUGUCAAAAGAGACAACGGCAGCAUAAACUUAGCUCUAUGCGAGUUUAUAUCGGCUCUAAUGAAGCACUGCAGGGCUUCUCUCAACAACUGUCAAAAGUUGUUUUUCUCUGUUGCAUUGGAAUUACAUUAUGUUCCAGGUGAGCUUGUGCAGACACUUGAGGGAACCAGAACUUUGAAGCUCAUGGUUGAUAACAAGGUCACGAGAAUCUCGAAUGCCAUACAAUUCGAAGACAUAAAGGCUCUCCAAACAAUACAAUAUGGACUUCAAACCUUAUACUCCUACCAAUGUCUCGAUUUUGAAAUGGUUGAUGGGUUGGUGUUCAGUCUCAAGUCCUGCGUCAGCGAUUUCUUAGAACAAAAAAACUUGCGGUUCACCGAAGGAAAGCUUAAAGAGCAAGGAGGCAUGGUUAUUGUUGGUCAAGAUUUUUUGACACUCACAGAGACUUCACAACCAUUGCUCCCAAAAAUUUCCACAGCUUUGGAAGAGACGUUGUCUCAAUUGCUUCACACCUUGGGAACGUGUUACUCAAGGGAUCAUAUCCAGGGAACAGUCAGCGAGCUACUUACGUUUGAUGGUUCAGAGAGCGGUUUUGGCAAAGCUGUUUCACUUUGGAUGUCAGCUAACUUACUUAAGGCGGCUUCCGAGGUGCUGCCGGACGCGCAUGACAUUACCGAUGAGUUCAUGACGUUUGAAAACGACGAACGAAAAGUUGCUGAUCUACCAUUGGAACCGAUAGAGACAUGUUAUGCUAUCCUUGAAAGCUCUGUGGCCCUUAUAGAUGAGGUGAACCAGAACAGCGCAGCCUUACACCACGACUCAGAAUUCCAAGUGGUUGUAGGUCUCAAGUCUAUUCAAAUUAUGAGCGAGACUCUGGGCGAAGAAUUUCGGACAGAACUAAUCGAUAUUUUAUUUCCUGUUGUUGACUGUUUGGCGUCCCCAUCUUCAGCUAUAAGGCAUUUUGCCCAAACAACAACACUUUCGAUUGCAAAGUCUUUCUAUGGGGGCUCGAUACAUGACCUACUCCUGGACAAUAUUGACUAUCUUGUGGAUGCUAUAUCGGUCCGCUUGAACAACUGUAUGACCAAAAGAGUACCUACAUUACUCAUGGUUUUAUGCAGAGUCGGCGGCUACAAUCUGAUAAAGAGCUUUAAAGAUGUGCUGGAAAUUAUUUUUAGGCUUUUAGACUUCUAUCACGGCUAUGAGGAUUUAUGUUGCGAGUUUUUCCAACUUUUUGAAGUGAUAGUCACUGAAAUGAGACACACAUACUUAAGUUCUACCGAUGUGUCGCCUCGACUAAAAAACGAGCACUCAGUAUCCAGCAGUUUCAAGCCCUGGGGUAUGCAGAACAUUCUACAAGUUUUGGAUAUUCUUGAUAAAACUGGAGAAAAGGGCAUUCAUGAAGAAGAUUUUGAUGAUCUUGACAGCAACCAAGACGACCCUGGAACUUUCCAAGAGUUCUUUGACAAGAGGGUUCAUGAGGUCGACAGUGAUGACGAAGAUGAAGACAUUCAACCAACAGAAGGUCAAUCAACUUCUUCUGGGCACGCCAGUGACAAAUGGUUCUCCCCCAUACCGCGGGAUUCGUACCGCUUGCUACUUCAGAUUGUUGGGUACGGUGAUAGACUCCUCACACAUCCCUCUCGUCAGCUUAAAGUCCAAAUAUUGCAGCUAAUGAGUAGAGUGUUUCCUAUGCUUGCUACUCAACACGAUAUGCUACUGCCUCAAGUUUCAAAGUCUUGGGAUAUAAUAGUUCAGCUUUCUUUGGACCCCGAUUUUGCUAUAGCCAAGGUUGCAUGCGAGUGCCUACGGGAACUAAUCCAUUGCUCAGGCGACUUUGUCACAAAAAGAUUCGUUGAUUUAUGGGGUGCACAGAAGGCUCACUCGCCGCUUCUCGGGAUUGCUGCUCCGAAGGGAGUCGCUCCAACAUUAAGUUCCAAGAAGUGGCUAACUUCCCCGAAACAAUUUCCACCUAUCACGAGGGAGGCUCUGGUAUCACUUUCGGAAAUGUUAUUGGAAGGAAUUGUCCAGACAGAGCUUUUUACCUCAGAAGUUCAAAUACAAGAGAUGGUUUAUUGCUGUUUGCUAGUGUUACCUAAGGAACAUGUUCAGUCAAGAUCGUUGUUACUUGGCGAUAUUGUGUCACUCUUAUCAUUGUAA